AUGCCUCAGCGACGAAGAAAACAUUUCUCGGACAUAGAGUCGGGUGAUUGCAAUGAAGGCUUUUCCAAUGAUGAUGACGGGCGAAGCAUAAAUGGAUCCGGACGUGCAUUUGCGGUGGCAAGUAAAAUUCUUUCGGCAGUUUUGAUAAUAACGAACGUUGUUCUUGACUGGAUGCAAUACAUGAGUAUGGAUGAUUCUGUUGAAAGAAAUGCAACGACAAACGUAAGUUCAAAACCAAAUCCUACAAAAGAGUGCGUAGAUGGAUCAGAAAAAGACGAACUGACCAAGAAGUUCAUGUACUUUAGCAUUGCUGGCUCUUUUUUGGCGUUACUGCAAAUUAUUAACAUUAUAAUUCAGAUUAAAGGGAAAUCCAAGAAAGAUAAUAAAAACCACGGUCUUAAUGGAAAAGCAGAAGUUUUUUUCGUCACAAUUCUUAUCGAAAUUCCUCAGAACUACAUGCUUCUACGGUACGAGGACAUAUGUAUCAAUACCUGUGAUACUGGGUGGGACCUCAAGAAAAUAAUGAGAUUUGCCAAUGGUCUGUCCUCUGUUAUAAGCGCCCUUUGGAGAUACAUAACCAGCAUUUCCCUUCCACGAAGUAAAGAAUGGGGAGAUUCUUGCUGUUGUUGUGGUUCUCUUGACAACUAUUCUUCGAAUUGUGGCAAAUUUUGCAAGGGUUGCAUUGAAGACUAUUUUUUUUGCAUUUUUCCGUGGUUGAAGUGCCUUUCAAGAAAAGGUUGCUGGUUUAACAUUCCGUGUUGUUGCACGAUUAUCUGGAAAUGCAGAAAAACAUGCAAUGGAAAGUCUUCCGACUGUAUCACAAUUGAACCCGGCUGUUGCUGCACGUGUUGCUGUAGCAAAGAGAAAGAACCACUAGGUGACAUAACAUGGAAAGGCGACGGUUUGAUUGUUAUUUUGGUGUCAGUAGCUCCGACUAUCAUCCAUAUUAUCAUGUACACGAUGAGAAUUGUGAAGUAUUUCUGUGGGGCGACUCAUAUGGCAGUGUUCGAGUUUUUAUAUAAAAAUAUCGAGUCAUAUAUCAAUGAGGCUAUGAAAUGGGCCAUAAGUAGAGUACCGACAUUUUAAUAAUUCGCUAAUAUCCCCCUUGGAGUGAUGCGAUGCUUGAAUUGUAUGUCACUAGCUUUAAGAGAUGGGUCCUAAAGUUAACAGUUUUAUUUUAGAGAUCAAAGCGAGACUGCCUCGAGGAGGUGUUUUUCAUUUUUAAAAAUGUUAAUCAGUUUAAUCUUUAAAGUUUUACGAGCAUUCUCUCUACAGCACUAGAACUUGACAAAGUUAUAUUAUGUAUAUUAUCCUGUAUAUUGUUUGCUCAUGAUCACUUGAAUGUUCAAUUAAAGUUAUAAUU